AUGGAUUGAUGAUAUGGAUCGUUGUUAUCUUAGGCUCCCAACUUCCAGCCCAGGAGGGUGGCGACCCGUUUCCAUACGAACCCUAACCGCCACGGGUGCGGUGGUGCGAUCACGUGCCAGCGCAGCAGCAUCCAAAAUUCCAAAUCGGAAAUUCGAGAGCGAAAGAGAGAGAUAGAGGGCGAGAGAUCGAGAGCAGGCUUCGUAAACCCUAGAAGUAACCCCCCCGGUACCCAUUAUUUCCAACAUUUAUCUCUCCCUCUCUCCUCGUUUGUUGAUUGUCUCUGUUCGUCCUUCUUCAACAACAGCAAAAUCUCUGCAAAUUUUGAAUUCUUUGUCAAUUUCCAAUUUCAGAGAUGUGUAUGCUAUAUGGCAGGUAUUCACAUCCACGCAAAUUGGCAAGGCCCAGGGAAGCUUUCCCAAAUUGAGAUGCUGAUGCCUAUGUUAUUGGAGCUUAGAGAUGUACCAUUUUGGGAAGCAUUAAAGAACAGUCUAUGCUCUAUAGCAACACAUGGAAGUCGGCCAUUUUGAAAAAGGAGAAGCUUACAUUUCCAUAUUUACUUACAAGUUUACAUUUCCAUUUUUACGUACAAGGUUUUGAAAUAAGAGGCAGAGGACUGUCAUUUUCUUAAGAGUGAAGAGCCUAAUAAAGUUUUGCACUGUCUUACUGUCAAAUGUCAGAAGGUGCUAUGGCAGUAGUUAAACCUGAGAUGAAGUCUUACAUCUGGCUCCAAACUGCUGAUGGUUCAAUUCAACAAGUGGAGGAAGAAGUUGCCAUGUUUUGCCCCAUGAUAUGCCGGGAAAUACUUCAAACGGGCAUGGGAUCGUCCAAAAAUUAUGCGAUUACUCUUCCACAACGAGUCAGUGCUGCCAUCUUGGGUUUAAUACUUGACUACUGUCGAUUUCAUCAAGUACCCGGUCGCUCAAAUAAGGAGCGGAAGUCUUUUGAUGAAAAGUUUGUUCGGAUGGAUACAAAAAAGUUAUGUGAGUUGACAUCUGCUGCUGACAGCCUCCAAUUGAAGCCUCUGGUUGAUCUUACCAGCCGUGCACUUGCACGAAUUAUUGAGGGGAAAAGUCCUGAAGAAAUACGGGAGACCUUCCAUUUGCCUGAUGAUCUAACUGAGGAGGAGAAGCUGGAGCCUUUGAAAAAUACAACUGAUGAUCCACGCAUCCGCCUUUUGAACCGCUUGUAUGCAAGGAAGAGAAAAGAAUUGAAAGAGAGGGAGAAAUUAAAGAAUGUUGAGGUUGAAGAGGAGCGUGUUGACAAUCGCUCAGUUGAUGAUCUCUUGUCAUUUAUAAAUGGGGGAGAUGGAGAUUCAAAGGGGGUUAGAGCUAAUAAAAAUAAAAAGAAAAACAGACGAAGGAAAGAUCAAGUGAAGGAGUCUUCAAGCAGUACUAAUGGAAACCAUCAGAAAGUUGAGACCACCGAACUCUGUGAUCUGGAUGUCCUAUCUGCUAGUGAUGAGCUUGAAAAUCUCAGGGCAAGUAGUCCCAAUAAAUCUUCUAAGUUGCAGGAUUCUGCCUGCAUGACCUUUUCACCUAAGCUUGAGUUUGAUGAUGGUGACAUUGAUGAUGAACUAGAUCCGGCAAUGAAGGAAGAACUUGACAGGGAAGUGGAGGAUUUUGCUCGGAGACUUAAUUCUGUUUGGCCAGAAAGAAUGCAGGAAAUUCUAUCGUUGGGCCAGGAAAGAAGGCUUGUACCAUUAUCUAUGAAUAGCAAUGGUUCCUCACAUAGAUAUACAAGUUUGGACCGGAGAUAAUAAUCCUACAAUAGGAUGACUGAUUUCUUGUGGUGGCCAGCCUGCUGCAGUGGUUUUGAGAACAUCAUGAACGCAGGGUUUGGUGCUGUUGGACCCUUGAGAAGAUGGCAGUGGUUUUUGAAAGACUGCAUGUAAGUAUUUAUGUUUUUUUUUGUGUUGCCGUCGCUGGAAUGCAAUUUAGGUCUUUUGGUCAUCCUCUAUGUUUGAGGAAGGGGGGGAAAAUGUGAGCAAAAUCCGCUCAUUCCUCUGGAAACUUUAAAUUUGUUGUUUUUGAUUCUCAGCCAUUUGACAUCGGCUGGCUGCUGUACUUUGAAACCCGAGUCAAUUUCACAUUUUCUUAUUAUUGUUAUUAUUAUUAAUAUUCUUUUGGAAUCA